GUAAUGACAUUCUACGGUUCGACAAGGCAUAUGACGAGAAUGACGUGCAGGAGUUCGUGAAUUUGUGUUCGUCAACAUGCGAGAUUGAAAAAUUAGAGGAUAGAAUGCACCCCUGGGCGGCUGACCCUAAAACGAUAGGCGCACUGUCCGCGACGCAGUUGGCCAUAUUGGCCAGUAAAGAGAAUGAACCCCAUUACAAAGACGCCAUUCGUGAGGCCGACGGAAUACCCGUUUUUAUAAAUCUGCUAAAAUCUCACGAACUGGACAGAGUGCACGCGGCCGUCGUGGCGUUAUCCUUUUUGUCCGUCGACAAUGUGAAAAACUGCAUUACGAUGUUUGAAAAUGGCGCCCUGCCUUACCUGAUCAGCGGGAUGAAGUCAAACAUUGAUGGCAUGAAGGCGGCCUGCGCUCAGACGUGUAGAAAUGUUUUCGUUCUAGACAAGAAGUACAAGAAGGAAUUCUUAAAAUUGGGAGGAAUUACCCAGCUCGUGAAUUUGCUUGAGAUGCCGCGCAAGUACGACGAAAGCCAGCCGCUGUACACGCAGCUGGAGGCCAUUUACCACUUGGAGGAUUUUAUACUGGUAGGGCCAGGCGGCGCACCCCCAUAUAUAUGUAUACAUAUAUACAUAUAUAUAAAAUUAUACUUUUACUUCGCGGUUGUGAUGGUUCCACGUAGAU